AUGGACCCGACCGAGCAGCCUGCGGCAUCUGCGCUGUCGCGCUGCCCCAAGGUCCCAAUCGCACAGUUAUCUCCAACGCUCGAAGCUGCCGACGAAAAAUCCAUUGAAGGCACGGGUGUGGAGUAUGCCCCCGGCGAUACUUCGUUCCAAAAUAUUGCGUGGGAUGUUCACAUUUCCAAUACCGUGAACCUCGAGACUCACCGACCUUCGCAAUCUUCUCUUACAGUUGUUCUUAUCACACAAAAUGAGCAGAUGUCAGCUCAACGCGAACAGUUGCCGCCAUCGACCCCCCGCGUUCUAACGACGGAUUCUGAUACCGUCAUACCUGAAAAUCAGACUUGGGAGUCGCCAGUCUUCAUCCGCCGCGCCUCAUAUAACCAUAUCGCUCCAUUUGAUCCCACCAUCUUCUCCCCGCUUGAAGAAGAUGGCUCCAUACCCGGAAAGGGUAGAAAACGAGCUAGAUACAGCUUCCAGAGAUCCGAUUGGCAUCUCUCUGACGAGCCUUGCAGCCCUGAGCCGGCUCCUGACUGGUUGGCAGAUGCAGAUCAGUUCUCUGAUCAGGAAAUGGAGGAGUCUGCGGAUGCCCCAGAUGCCAGCUCUCACGUCGAUCUUCUUGGGGUCGCAGCCCACUCUGAUACGGAAAUAUCACCCGGGGAGGAUGCCCCAACCUUCAUCAAACCUUCUCUCAAUGCUACAACACAUUUGCCUGGAGCUCAGGCCGCUCCAACCGAAAUCCACGCAGGUUCUACUGCGACGAGCUUCGAAGACCGUCUCAUUGCGACAAAGAGUUUGCCCACAGACACGCCUAAGCUUAAGCCUAUCCCAUCACCGGGUCUUCCCAUUCCCUCGCCAAUAGUGUCUAGCCAACACAGCAACCAUGGCUAUUUCUCACCAUUUGAUUCGGUCAACCGAGCUCAAACCCUCGACUCCUCUUCAGCCGAUUCUUUAGGGAACGCUGCGCACCUAGGCCCCACGGAUAGACAAACACGUUUCUCGCCUCGUGAAAACUCUACAGGACUCGAGAAUGCAGAUAACGAGGAAUUGGAUGACCAACUUCAAACAAACGCCGAGGGUCCAGUCACUCAUCACUCGUCUCCUCUUUCAGCAACCGAGGUGCCGUAUCCGGACGUAGCCGAAUAUUCGUUGAAUGGAAAUCUUGACUUCCUACAAGCUGGCUUUGAAGAACCAGUUCAUUCACAUUUCCAAACGAGCGUUGGCCAUGACCUGCCCAGUUUCCCUUCCGAAACGCAUAUGAAUAUCCCAAAUAUCGAAAAUGUUGAUAUGGGUGACGCCCCACGCCAUGCAGACCUUGAUGUUCCUUCUCCAGAAGACCAGUCUUCAGGCAGUGAAGCUACGCAAACAAGUCAAGAUCUUGUGGGUCCUGCUCAUCCCGAUCAGCCUCAGCCUGAUGUGGGCAUUCAGACUAUGCAGUCUGAAGAGGCUCCACGACAUAAGGAACAAGAAGAUGAAUACUAUGAGACCUUUCCACAUGGAAUUGCUACAUUGGAGCAUUCAACCCGGUCUCCAGAUGAUGUUUCUAGUGAAAUGGAACCCGAAGAGGCCGCGAGCUUUGAACUAGGGCAAGACUACAUUGAUGAGGAUGGUGUGGAAUCAUCUGAAGCCGAACAUGAUGAUGGCCGGGGUGACGAAUCUCAAUCAGAGAACGAAGCUGUUUCGGAAACAGCAGAGCUGCCCCGGCAUCCUCCCGCACAAACCGAAGUGAUAUGCCUGGAUAGUGACAGCGAGGACGAACUUGCAUCAAAUGCCCUGGCUGCAUCCAGAGACCCCGGGAUGAACCUGCACCACCAAGAUCAAAACGAAGAUGAGUACCUGGAGAGCGAAGAAGAGUCCGAGCCUGCAGAAUCAGAAGAUGAUAAUGCCGAAACAUUUGCCGAUGACCUUCAUGAUAGUGACAAAGACGACGAAUCGUCUGUCGAUGUGCUGGCUCGGGAUCAUUACGCCGAGUCUUUCUGGUCACAAAGCUCGCCAGCUGAACAAUCGGCCAAUCAAGAGAUGGACUCAGAAGAUGAAAAGUCCGAACCAGACAACCACGGCAAUGUGAAUAUUAAUGAAUCGGCAUCAAACAGCCACGCCAUCAUUGUGCUAGACUCCGACGAAGAAAGCCAAGAACAAUCAGCUGACGAUAUGCCUCGUCGCGGAGAAAGUCGACAGUCUCUCCAUUACGACGGUGCUGCCGAUGUUUGCGAAGAGGAGUUUGCUGACGAGGAUUCUGUCCAUGAGGAGCUUGUUGACGAGUUUGUUAGCGAGGACGCCGUUGAUACUGAACACCAAGGCAAGCCUGGCACACACCUGGAAGACGCGGACAAUGAGCAAGAUCUUCCUAUGGACUCGUCCGAGCCGAGGCAGCAGCUUCCCAUUCCUGGUCCAACGCAAGAUCUUGAGAACGCCUUUGAUUCUCGAAUCCGAAAACCAGACGAGGGUUCGAACACAUCCGAACAGGAGAAUAGCGAAGAGCCACCAUUGAACCUGGCAUCCGACCAGCCCGAAGCCCCCGACGAUACUGAUGAAUUAGCCUCUGAGAAACAUGAUGUAGGGUUGCUGGAUGAUCUGGAGGAUCAGAAAAUGCACGAAGAAACCGGGGCUGAAGACAAUUCAAAUGUCGAUGCGGCCAUUGUGGACCUUGUUCCAACGAUCAAUGCACCCAUGCGACUCCUCGUGGACUCAACCGAGACAUCUAAUGUACAACCUCUCAAAAUGCCAGAAGUCGUCAUAAGCCCACUUCCAGUCCCUGACCGUAAUGCUCAUGGGUUGCGAAGUAAGGUCUCUUACUAUGCUCCUCUGGCUAGCCUCGUCGACCACUACAACGCAUUGGUGGACACCAUCUCUAUUGUCCGUGAGGUGUCUCCCAUUGCUCAAGCAACAUCUAGUCCCAAGGACUACUAUUCCACUCUUCAGCUGACUGAUCGCUCCAUGGCUGGGACGAUUCUUCAAGCUCAGAUCUUCCGUCGCCACCCUGGCGCCAUUCCUGCUUUGGCCGAGGGAGACGCAGUGUUGCUCCGAGACUUCAAAGUGCGAAGCUACGACCAUUCCAUCAUGCUUGUAAGCGUCGAGACCAGCUCAUGGGCUGUUUUCAAUGGCUCCGGCCACGAUCCACAGAUAGAAGGUCCCCCAGUUGAAUACGGAACCGAGGAAUGUGCGUAUGCAGCCGAUUUGCGAAAAUGGUACCUUGAAUCCGGAGCUGCUAUGAUAGCCGAUUAUGAGCUUCAAUCUUCUAUCCACGAGGAUUCCCUGGAUUAUUUGAAGAGACACGCGUCACCCGGCUCGCCUGCUACGCCGGGAAGCGUGGUGUUCAGUGAUUCUGGAAGCAUCGAGUCGAUAUCCCACGAGAGUCAGCAAGAGGGUCAGAAACGCUCACCUCGGGACUCACGCCGCCGCAGAAGUAACAGAAAUCAUCGACGCAUUACGAUCCACGAACUUCGACAUGGUCGGCGAUAUACCGAAGUUGGCUCUCCGAGUGCAAAAGAAAGCAUUCAUGAGCUGCGCGACGGGACACUCUACGCAAAUUUGUGA